GAGGAGGAGACGCCCAGUCCUCCAGAGCAGGCCCUCCUCCCUCGGCUUCCUCGUUUUCCUCCUCUCCUUGGCCGGCCUUCCUCUCCUCAUGGUUGGAAGAUUUCAAUUAAUCAAGUGUCUUUACAGGAAUGACUAUGGAUCAUGUGGUGUCAAUGGCAGAGAAAAUGUGAUGGUUGGCUGAGAAUUUUGGAGUAGAGCCUGCUGAGGGAUUUCUUUCCCUUGAGAGAAGAGGGAGGAAGAGCAUCUUGGGUCCAAUUUGCUUCUUCAUCAAACAGUGGUUCCAAAAUGGAGAGACGGAACUCACCUGGAUUUGAAGCAGGACUUGGGAGCAGUGGGCCAUCCUGGGAAAAAACUAUACAUAAGUUCCUGAAUGUGGACCUUUAUAGCUCAGACAUACGGUGCAAGAAGUUCAGGCAGUCCUACCGAGAGGGCGAGGGACCCAGAGAGGUUUGCAGCCACCUCCACGAUCUGUGCCGCCAGUGGCUGAAGCCAGAGCAACACACCAAGGCGGAGAUGCUGGACCUGGUGAUCCUGGAGCAGUUCCUGAGCCUCCUGCCCCCAGAGAUGGGGAGCUGGGUCCGAGAGUGUGGGGCAGAGACCUCUUCCCAGGCGGUGGCCCUGGCGGAAGGCUUCCUCUUGAGUCGGGCAGAGGACAAGAGGCAGGAAGACCAGGCCCAAAAAACCUGCAUUGAAGUCCACCCUGAUGCCUCUGAAUCAGAGAAACCUCCAUCAGACACCACUCAGAGCCUCCAGCAGAAGGAGCUCAGGCAGAAAGGAGAUGGGGCUGCAGCCUUGCAGGGGGCUGGAAUGAUGUCGAUGCCGAAUCCUCAGUCGUUUCUUCCCCUUUGUGAUGGAGUGGAAGUGAAUCAGGGCCCCAUCGCCUUUGAGGAGGUGGCUGUCCAUUUCUCCCCAGAGGAGUGGGUUCUCUUGACUCCUGAUCAGAAAGGCUUGCACGUGGAGAUCAUGGAGGAGAUUCAUGGGAUUGUGGACUCUCUUGCAGAUAACCGCAAAACAAGCAAUGUAUGCACCAAGCGCAGGAAGCAUUUCAGACAAAAUGGGGGUCUUCCUAGACACCAGCAAAACCACAGAGAAGAUGGAGAUUCUGUCAGCCAAAGGCCCUACACAUGCAAUAUAUGUGGGCAGUGUUUUACUCAAAAUAGGGCACUAGUGCUUCACAAGACACUCCACACAGGAGAGAAGCCAUACCAAUGCCAGGAGUGUGGGAAAUGUUUUGCUUAUAGUUCAAAAUUGGUGAGGCACAAAAGACUCCAUACAGGAGAGAAGCCAUACCAAUGCCAAGAGUGUGGGAAAUGUUUUGCUUCCAAUUCAGACAUGGUGAGGCACAAAAGACUCCAUACAGGAGAGAAGCCAUACCAAUGCCAGGAGUGUGGGAAAUGUUUUGCUUGCAGUUCACAAUUGGUGAGCCACAAAAGAGUCCACACAGGAGAGAAGCCAUACCAGUGCCAGGAGUGUGGUAAAUGUUAUGCUUAUAGUUCAGACUUGGGGAAGCACAAAAGACUCCAUACAGGAGAUAAGUCAUACCAAUGCCAGAAGUGUGGUAAAGUUUUUGCUGACAGUUCAGCCUUGAUGAGUCACAAAAGACUCCACACAGGGGACAAGCCAUACCAGUGCCAGGAGUGUGGUAAAUGUUUUGUUUACAAUUCACGAUUGGUGAGUCACAAAAUGCUCCACACAGGAGAGAAGCCAUACCAAUGCCAGGAGUGCGGGAAAUGUUUUGCUUAUAGUUCACACUUAGUGAGCCACAAAAGACAUCACACAGGAGAGAAGCCAUACCAAUGCCACGAGUGUGGGAAACAGUUCGCUGAGAGUUCAAGCUUGGUGAGCCACAAAAGACGCCAUACAGGAGAGAAGCCAUACCAGUGCCAGGAGUGUGGGAAACGGUUUGCUGAGCGUUCAACCUUGGUGAGCCACGAACGACGCCAUACAGGAGACAAGCCAUACCAAUGCCAGGAAUGUCAGAAAUGUUUUGUUGACAGUUCAUGCUUGACGAGGCACAAAAGACUUCACACAGGAGAGAAGCCAUAUCAGUGCCAGGAGUGUGGGAAAUGUUUUGCUUCCAGUUCAGAGUUACUGAGCCACAGAAGAGUCCACACAGGAGAGAAACCAUACCAAUGCGAGGAGUGUGGGAAAUGUUUUGCUUAUACUUCACACUUAGUGAGCCACAAAAGACAUCACACAGGAGAGAAUCCAUACCAAUGCCAGGAGUGUGGGAAAUGUUUUGCUGACAGUUCAGCUUUGGUGAGUCACAGAAGACUACACACAGGAGAGGAGCCAUACCAAUGCCAGGAGUGUGGGAAAUGUUUUGCUUACAGUUCAAGCUUGAUGAGGCACAAAAUACUUCACACUGGAGAGAAGCCCUACCAAUGCCAGGAUUGUGGGAAAUGCUUUGCUGAGAGUUCAUCCUUGCUGAAACACAAAAGGCUUCACACUGGAGAGAAACCAUACAAAUGCCACAAAUGUGGAAAAUGUUUUACUCAGACUUCAUCCCUUAACAGACACCGGAGAAUACACACAGGCAGCCUGUUCAGGGAUUUCUUUCCCUUGAGAGAAGAGGUAGGAAGAGCAUCUUGGGUCCAGUUUGCUUCUUCAUCAAACAGUGGUUCCGACAUGGAGAGACCCAACUCACCUGGACCUGAAGCAGGACUUGGGAGUAGUGGGGCAUCCUGGGGAAAAACUAUACGUAAGUUCCUGAGUGUUGACCUUUAUAGUUCAGACAUAUGCCUCCAGCUGUUCAGGCAGUCCUCCUACCGAGAAGGCGAGGGACUCAGAGAGGUUUGCAGCCGCCUCCACGAUCUCUGCCGCCAGUGGCUGAAGCCAGAGCAACACACCAAGGCUGAGAUGCUGGACCUGGUGAUCCUGGAGCAGUUCCUGAGCCUCCUGCCCCCAGAGAUGGGGAGCUGGGUCCGAGAGUGUGGGGCAGAGACCUGUUCCCAGGCGGUGGCCCUGGCGGAAGGCUUCCUCCUGAGUCGGGCAGAGGACAAGAAGCAGGAAGAACAGGCCCAAAAUACCUGCAUUGAAGUCCACCCUGAUGCCUCUGAAUCAGAGCAACCUCCUUCAGACACCACCCAGAUUCUCCCGCAGAAGGUGUUCAAGCAGGAAGGAGAUGGGGCUGCAGCCUUUCAGGGGGCUGGAAUGAUGGUGUUGCCGAAUCCUCAGUCGUUUCUUCCCCUUUGUGAUGGAGUGGAACUGAAUCAGGACCCAAUCGCCUUUGAGGACGUGGCUGUCAGUUUCUCCCUGGAGGAGUGGGUUCUCCUGAAUCCUGGUCAGAGAGAUGUGUAUGUGCAGAUCAUGGAGGAGAUUCAUGAAUUUGUGGACUCUCUUGCAGAUAUCUGGAAAAAGAGCAAUGUAUGCACCAAAGGCAGGAAGCAUUUGGGACACAGUGGGGGUCUUCCUAGACACCAGCAAAACCACAGAGAAGAUGGAGAUUCUGCCAGAGAAAGACCCUACAAAUGCAAUGUGUGUGGGCAAUGUUUUACCCAAAAUACGGCAUUUGUGCAUCACUUGACACUCCAUUCUGGAAAAAGUCAACUUAAAUGGAAAGAAUCAGGAAAAUGUGUUGAUGAAUACAAAUUGCCACAUGUCAGCCAAGAAAAAAUCUUUGAAGGAACUGAGGAUUUCAAAAGUAUGGAGAGUGGAAAAUCUUUUAUCCAGAGUUCACACUUGGUGGAAAAUGAGAGAUUUCACACAGGACAGGAACCGUACAGAGGCCAGGAGAUUUGGAAGCGUUUUGCUUACAGUUCAGACUUGAUUAACCACAAAAGACUCCACACAGGAGAGAAACCAUACAAAUGCCAGGAGUGUGGGAAAUGUUUUGCUUUUAAUUCAGCAUUAGUGAAACACGAAAGACUCCACACAGGAGAGAAGCCAUACAAAUGCCAGGAGUGUGGGAAAUGUAUUGCUUAUAAAUCAGACUUAGUGAAACACAAAAGACUCCACACAGGAGAGAAGCCAUAUAAAUGCCAGGAGUGUGGGAAAUGUUUUGCUGACAAUUCAAACUUAACAAGGCACAAAAGACUCCACAUAGGAGAGAAGCCAUACCAGUGCCAGGCAUGUGGGAAAUGUUUUCCUGACAGUUCAAACUUGAUGAGGCACAAAAGACUCCACAUAGGAGAGAAGCCAUACCAAUGCCAGGAGUGUGGGAAAUGUUUUGCUUACAGUUCAUGCUUGAAAAGGCACAAAAUGCUUCACACUGGAGAGAAACCAUACAAAUGCCACAAAUGUGGAAAAUGUUUUACUCAGGCUGCAUCACUUAACAAGCACCAGAGAAUACACACAGGCUAAACAAAGCAAUUGUGGGUAAACAUUUGAUUUCAAACAUGUCAGUUUGAGAAGUCCUCUAGAGAUUUGGUAGAGUCCCUUUUCUUUUCAUUUGUAUCUCUAAGUUGGAGGUCCUGUUUUCCGGAGCAGCAGAAAGCAAGCUCCCCGUGACAAUCUUUCAGAGACUCUACAUAUGCAAUGUUAUGUGGGCAUCUAAAUAUGAUAUUUAUGUCAUCUCGUCUGGAAAUAAAAAACCCAUAUGUACUUCUAAUAAA